AUGCCCCAACUACCGUUUAUUUUCUGCCCACGCCCCAGUGUUGCGCAUGUCCGGCCAACAGGAUUGAUCCCCACAAGUGGCCAAUGGAGUGCGGAUGUUGCAAGUGUAACGCUGCUGUGUGACAACGACGAUGAUGAUGGUGGUGGCGGUGGUGGUGGCGGCGAUGAUGCCCGCCAUUUGGUUGGCAUGAUGGUCGUGAAAGCGGCCCACUUGCAGGCGGAAGUAUACAAAUGCGAGACAUUGAGGAGAGGUGCACCAUCACCAGCAUCACUACAAUUAUUGUCAUUGACAGCGUUGGUGAUGUUGUGUGGAGGUGGGUGUGUUGUAGAGGAGGGAGGAGGUGGUUGGUGGGAGGAAGGUAAGGUGUUGGAGUUGUGUUUGGUGUGGUUGGGUGACGAAAUGGGAGGUGAAAGUGGUUGA